CUGCUGGGCAUCGAUUCUACACAUUGUACACAGUGUACAUGGACCAAAACAAUCCCAAACAAAGACACAAAAUAUUUAGACACUGGGUACCUUCUAGCCGGUCUUCCUUGCUCAUCAAGGCCUGUGCUCAGCAAAAAAAAACUGAUUUCCCGGAAUUUUCCCACUGUGGCUACGAUGGGUCUGACCUUCUUAGUCUGCCCACGGUCCAAACAGAUGGUUUCCGAGAUCUUUGUUACUGGCCUCUACCCUGCCAUCGAUAUCCCAGGGAGGGGAACAACCAUAGCGAACACUUACACGGCAGUCACAACAAAAAUAAACAAAACGGAAUUUUGAACCUACAAUCUGAACAUGGACUAAAAACAACGGAUUUUGGGACAGAUACAUAUGGACUCAAAAGAUAG